AUGCCGGCUGCAAGCAAGAAUUCUGCUUCUGCAAAGGAGAAGGACCGUCGCAAGUCGGCUGGCAGGCCGUCUUUGCUUAGCACAUUGAAGGUGUCCCCCGACCGACUGCGAAAGAUCAUCUCUCCCGCUUCGAUCAAGGAACUAUCGCCCGUCAAGGAGUCUCCUGCGACUUCGACGACGCUGCCCACCGAGACUGCUGCUGCCGCAUCGACUGGCGAUAAUGCCUCCGAGUCGAAUCCGGGAACGCCGGCUGGUAAUAGCACGCCGUCUGCCGUUCCCAUGGGACCGCCAACGGAAGCUCCCAAGAAGAAAGGUGUCAAGAGAAGUGCCCCUGGCACGAAUGGUGGCGAGCCAAAGGUUAGAGGCAAGCCCGGUCCAAAGAAGAAGGCCAGACUAGAGGAUGGCACCAUCGACCCCAAUGCCCGAACGAACGGCAGUACAUAUCACAAGCUCGGCCCAAAGGCAAAUCAAGGAAACAUCAACGCCAAUCUCCGAGCGCUCGACCGGUCGGGCAAGCCUUGUCGGAAAUGGGCCAAGGGCGGCUUCAGACUGAAAAGCUUCACUGGAGUUUUGUGGGAGAUCCCUCGCUGGGCUGCACCUCCCAAACCUCAACCGGACACUGCGUCUCAGGAGCCCAGUGCCUCGGCCGAGAGCAGCAACAAGGAGAACAAUAAGGACGGUAGCCAAAUCAAGAGCGAGAACAGCAACAGUGCCGUCGACGGCGAGCAACGAAGCGUCCCACCGAGCGUAAUGGCUGGCAGCUCACCGGCUCCGGCUGAGAUCCCCAUCGCUGCCGCUUCAUAG